AUGGCAGUUACCAUCCAACCACAAGACCUUGAAACCCCCUCUAUGGCAGACAUGUAUGAUCCCCACGACCCACAAACAAUCACUGAGUGGUAUUGUUGUCAAUGUGCACGGUACCAUGGAAUUCCACCACCCCGAUAUGACUGCACCCGGUGUAACCACAUGAUGUGUCCAUAUUGUCCCAAGCGGCGCAUCAAAGAUGGUCUUCAACAACAACAAUUGGCCAAUGCAACUGCGAAUUAA